AUCUUCUUUGAUGACUCUAAGUUUGUUCAUGAAAAAGUGGAUGGAAAAAGAGAAAUUGAUCUACUCGCCAACGUCUUGAAACAAAGAUUUCACAACAACAUUGUUGCUCUUGAGCAAAUUAAAACCACCGUUGAAAAAGGGUACAGUAGCCAGCAAGUAUCAUCGUCAUCAAUUUCUCCUGAAUGUUGCGAAAUUAACCCAACUGAAACUGAUUACAGGUUUAAGACGAAAGUUCUCAGCAAUAUGUUUUGUGAAAUCAAGGCAAAAUAUGUUUCGAAGGGUGCCAAACAUCUUUCAAAGAGUUUGGAGGAAACUGUGAUAAACAAUUUGAAUAAAAACCCUGAUCUGAGAUGGCAGUAUUUUGGAUCACAAGAAGGAAUACUUUCAAUUUAUCCAGCACACAAGUACACAUCAUGUGACAGCUAUGAUAAUCGUGUUCGCCCGUGGUAUGUUGAAGGAAUCGCACCCGAACCCAAGGAUAUUGUGUUGAUUAUUGAUAAAAGUGGCUCCAUGGCAGAUAUUAUUGGCAAUAAAACAUUAAUCCAAAUUGCUGUCAGUGCAGCGGAAUCUGUGCUAAAUUCUUUGAAUCCCAACGACAGG